ACUGAAUGAAGCCGAAGCUCAGAAAUUUACAGACAUCAGAAGAGGUGAAAGAAGAGAGAAACUGUGCCUGCGCUAGAGGUAGAGAGAAGGUGCUACAUUUACAGAAUUCCACGAGGAGGAGGAGGAGGAGAAAACUCUCAUAUUUAGGCAAAUGGGGGUGGACUACUAUAAAAUCCUUCAGGUAGACCGCAAUGGCAAAGAAGACGACCUCAAGAGAGCCUAUCGCAAACUCGCUAUGAAAUGGCACCCCGAUAAAAACCCUAACAAUAAAAAAGAUGCCGAAGCAAAAUUCAAACAAAUCUCCGAAGCCUACGAUGUGUUGAGUGAUCCGCAGAAGAGGGCGGUAUAUGACCAGUAUGGAGAAGAGGGAUUAAAGGGGCAGGUUCCUCCGCCUAGUGCAUACGCCUCUACGUCGGAUGGGGGUGGUCCCACCAUGUUCCGGUUCAAUCCCCGCAACCCCGAUGACAUUUUCUCCGAAUUCUUUGGGUUCUCGAGUCCCUUUGGGGGAAUGGGCGGGAUGGGAGAUAUGGGUGGCCCGCGUUCUGCUGGAUCAGGCUUCUCCAGAGGUAUGUUCAGCGAUGAUAUCUUCGCAUCGUUUAGGAGUGCCACCAGCGAAGGCUCCUCUGGCAGUUUCCCCCGGAAAGCCGCCGCCAUUGAGCGGACACUGCCCUGUAGUUUGGAAGAUUUGUACAAGGGAACCACAAAGAAGAUGAAAAUUUCGAGGGAUGUAAAUGAUGCCAACGGGAGACCAACAACAAUGGAGGAAAUUCUUUCAAUUGAGAUAAGGCCAGGCUGGAAGAAGGGAACAAAAAUUACUUUUCCGGAGAAAGGAAAUGAACAGCGGGGUUUUAUACCCUCAGACCUUGUCUUCAUUGUCGAUGAAAAACCUCAUAGUGUCUUCAAAAGGGAUGGCAAUGACCUUGUCGUUACCCAGAAGAUUUCGCUAGUUGAAGCUUUGACUGGUUAUACUGCUCAGAUAACAACACUUGAUGGUCGAAGUUUGACAAUACCUAUUAACUCCAUCAUAAGCCCUACCUAUGAAGAAGUUAUCAAGGGAGAGGGUAUGCCUAUUCCCAAGGAACCUAGCAAAAAGGGAAACUUAAGGAUUAAGUUCAACAUCAAAUUCCCUACAAAGCUUACCUCUGAACAAAAAACUGGCAUUAAGCGAUUAUUGACAUCUCCAGGAGCAAGUACUUAGUCCAAGAUCCUGUCAUGUUCCCUACGAGGCUUACCUCUGCACAAAAAACUGGCUUGAAGUGAUUAUUGACACUCCAGGAGCGAGUACUCAGUCCAAGAUCCUAUUAUGAUCAUAUGAGCUUUGUAGUUGUUGUCUCGCUUUGAGGUUGCUGAAGUAGAAAUUUUAUCAUGACAGUAACUUAGUAGCCUAUCAUUAAUUUAAUGUUACUUUAUCAAAGUACACGAUUGUAUACUGAAGUGGCUCCUUUCAAAUUGAGAUUUUUGUGCGAAACAAUUUGUUUCA